AGUACUCAGUUUAUGCAGAGCAUUGAGCUGAGCUACGAAAACCCCCAAAACUCUGUUUAUCGUUCCUUCGUUUCCGCGAUUUCUUCUCAACCAGGUUCCUUCUUUCUGACAAAUCUGAUAUUCUUCUUCUUUUGACUAUUCUAUUUUCUUAUUAUUUUUUUAUCUCUGAUUUCCCGAUCUCUUUGCGUUUCUCUUUCUAGGGUUUCUCGCUUGAUUCUUUUUUCAAUUGAUGAUUUAGACAUGUCAUUGAAAUUGGAUUGGAUUUUUUUUUCCUGAAAAGAGUUCUCUAGUACGAUUAUUUCAUUUUUUUUUUCCGCUGUGGAUUUUCUUGUUUGUGAUUAGAUCGCAGUGCCCUUUGAUAGGCCUGAAUGAUGAACGCGAAUUGCUGAGCUUAUAAGGUAUUUGCGAAAGUAAAAUAAAAAAAGAAAGUUAAAAACUGUAUUAUUGCUUUUUUGCGAAAAUUAAUUGGAUGUGAUUAUUGGUAGAGAAAGGUGAAGUCGAAUGCAUAGAGUAGUUGGUUAACCUAUUAAGCUUGUGAAUGUGUUAUUGCUUCCCAAUGAAAAGGUUAUUUGGAAAAGUUUAUGCUUGAAUGAAGUUUACUUGUCGUCUUAAUGCUGAUGGUUUAGCUUAAUAUGAUUCUUGGUCAGAAUAGGAAUGAUGGUAUGCUUGCUGUUCUUUUUUUAUGGAAGUUGUUGAUCUUUUUCUCUUGGACAAUUUCGUAAUCUAACGAUAAAAUGUGAAAUAAUGUUGGAACUGAUGUCGUUGAUGUAGGACUAUGAUUAAACUGUUUAAAGUGAAGGAAAAGCAGAGAGAACUUGCAGAAAAUGCAAGUGGCGGACCUCCCAUUAAGAAGCAAAGUGCUGGCGAGUUGCGUCUCCACAAAGACAUAAGUGAGCUGAAUCUACCAAAAUCUUGUACAAUACAAUUCCCCAAUGGGAAAGAUGACCUGAUGAACUUCGAAGUUUCAAUUCAACCUGAUGAUGGAUAUUACUUAGGUGGCACAUAUUUGUUUUCCUUUCAAGUAUCUCCCAUCUAUCCACAUGAAGCACCUAAGGUUAAGUGCAAGACAAAGGUCUACCAUCCAAAUAUUGAUUUGGAAGGAAAUGUUUGUCUCAACAUCUUACGAGAAGAUUGGAAACCUGUCCUUAAUAUAAACACCAUCAUCUAUGGCUUGUAUCAUCUCUUCACGGAACCAAAUUAUGAGGAUCCGCUGAAUCAUGAAGCUGCUGCUGUGUUGAGAGAGAACCCAAAGAUGUUUGAAUCUAAUGUGAGGAGGGCAAUGGCUGGUGGGUAUGUGGGGCAAACCUUUUUUCCACGCUGUAUUUAAACCUUUGCUCAAUACCUUGAAGUUCUGUUCAAAAAUCUUAUCAAUGUCUGAGGGGCCAUGCUUUGUAAAAUUUGUCAAAAAAUCGCAUUUUACUUUCGUCAGUAUGCUAUUUUUCUUGGUGGUUCAACAGGACAAGUUCUUAAGAUCACCAAGCGCGUCUAAAAGCCACAAACAAGUGGAAUGUUAUCGUAUAACUUCUGUGCUUUGUUGAAUGUUGACGUAUUAUUCUAAAGUGGACCAAGCAGAAAAUGUGUUCAGCGGUGUUUGAUGAUUUCCGAUUCCUUUCCUUCCCAACUCCCAAAAUUUAUCCCCCGGAUGCCCUUGAAAUAAUUUGUUUCUGUUUCUGAGAAUCCAUGAAGUAGAUACAAAAAUAGCUAGGGCUGUUAUCUGGUAUCUGCUUCCAUAAUGUCUAGCGACAUACAAGUUUAUUAAAACUAGUUGAUUUGAGUGCUCUGGUAGCUGCUUUUAAGGGUUCUAGAUGUCUACAUGCCAGAGAAUGUUCAAUUUCGUGUUCGUUCUUGAAUUGCUAAUAUUCUUCAAUGUUCAUUUAAACUCUGGUUUUUAUGUUAAUUUAGCCUAAGGUUGAAUACAAUGCAAUUCCCUCGAGGCCGUCUGCCAUUUCAGGGGGAUUAAUAUAUGUAAGUCACUGAUCCGAAAAUAAAGAAAGUUAUUGAAAACAUGCUUCACUAGCAUUGAGAUUGUUUCGUGAUGUUAAACGAAACAUGCAAAUUAACUUGUUUAUGUUUCACAAUGCACAAUUGAUGGGAACCCAAGUGACAUUUCUCUUGCCACAGACCAAUCCUUUUGUGCUAUUCAAGUUUACAGUUAAAUAGACGUCUGCAUAAAUGGUUUUGAACUGUUCAAUCAGAUAUGCCAUCUCAAGAAUAAGCAAUGGCUCAAAACGAGUCAGUCCUUAGUAAGAAGCCUACCGAUGAUGGAACCAUGAAUGUGCGGUUAACCUAGACUCGUAAAAUAAAAAUGAAAUGAAGUCAUUAUUUGAAGAUGGUUUCAAAUGUUUCGUGUAUACUGGGGAAGAUGAUACCACGUUUUUGAGGAGCGUUUAAACUCCAAUCGAAUUGGGAUCCAAGUCACAAGCAGAGAUGACGGGCUUUUUUCAGAAGAUGUACCACUCCAAGAAAAGUGUUUCUCACAUCAUCUCCUCCUCUUUAACAGCGAGCAUUCUAGCAUUUUCACGGUCCCGCUUAAAUAUACAAUAUAGUGGUGUGUAGCACAAACAGCACACUCCAAAUGGAAGUGCCAUCAUUGAAAGAAGGCCCUUAGACAAGGCAAGAGCCUCUGGUGAAGAUCCUUUGAUGGGAUCAACAGACUUUGAGUUGUAACCAAACAUUUUCUCUGAAAGAAUCCCAACCAGGGGAGCCGCUAUAGAAGAAAAUGAGCCUUCAAAAGCUCUGUCAAAUGCAUAAAUCAUGGUACGAUGUUUGGCAGGGACCACCUCAGCAAACAUUGGGCCAUUUGCAGCCGUACCAUUCCAGCUGAUCGUUAGACCCAUCAUAAAUAGGGUCACAGAAAAGGUAAAAAAACUACUUACUGACUGAGGGAUCACCUUAAGAAGAAACCAUGAGAAUGGAAUGCCCAUAAUGGCACUGAACUGUGCACACAUGAUACGACCAGAAUGAGGAUAGAUUUGUGAUAAAUGAUCAGCUAUUGAUCCACCAAUGAAGGAGCCCAUAGCACAUCCAAUAGCAAAAAGACUGAGAAGGGUUGCUGAAGUAUUAUUAUCAAAACCUGCAUUAUGAACCAAUUCAUCAUGUCAUGCCUCAUAAAAGAUAAAGGUUAGAAUAUUUAUGCAGGUUAUUAGUGAUCUUGAUUUGCAGUACAACUGUUUGAAAAGUACAAUCAUGAAAUGUUGCAUUAGCAUCUUUAUGUAUAGAAGUUGGCUUCAUGCUCACCAAUUAGUUCG